UCUAUGCUCAAAUCUAUGGGUAUGAAGCAUUAAAAAUCUGAUUGCUAUAAUUUCUUUUAUGCAUCUAGACAAAUUUCUAUGUUUAACAUUUCUGAAGAUAUUCAUCAUGCAAUUACGUUUAUGUGUAAUGAAAAGAGUGUCAGCAAGUGCCUCUCCGGAAGUUCGUAGACAUGAUUUGGUUGGAAGUUUGUAGCUGGUGUGAGCAUCAAUUUCAACACCAGUGCAGACGGAGAUUGGCUGAGAGCAUAAAAGCCAUAAGAAGAGAUUAUCGAUAUAUCAACGGGACGGGAAUUACGAGAAACUCGGUCACUUCGAGUGAUUGGCCCUUGGUUUCUGGAAUUUCGAGGCAUGGAAUCAUUUGAUUCUCAUUCCGUGAGUGCGAUAAACGAUUUUCUCGUGAAGCAAGGUCUACAAAGCGGGCAUUUCAAGUCUCGCCCACAUGGAGUAUCCUAUAAAAAUUAAGCUUCAUGGCAGCAUCAAGGUAUGCAGCGAGAGAAGGAGCAAAACCAGCAGCAUUCAAAUAAGGCAAGGCUGAAGAGCAACUUCUCAUGCAAUCUGACCACGCACUGACGUAUAGCGUAUCAUCAAAUGAGCCGACUCUUAACUAAAAUUCAAGGUACAAACGUC